AUGCAACAACGGAUGAUUGUCGAUACCUCGGCAUUUUCACUGCCUCGUACCCGAAACAAUCGGUUGUUUGUGUGUCUGGAUGGAUUUAAACAUACUAGCAAGGACUGCAACACUUUGGCCAGACUACUGUGCUCGCAACUCAACCAGGAGGACAGGAUUGUGAUUUGCACAGGAACCAGUUCGAUUGGGGAGAGUAACAAGGAGGUGCUGAAAGCGAAUUCUUUGUGGUCGCAAGACGAGUAUCUCGCUGCCAUCACCAACCAAGAGUUUUAUGAAAAGAUCGCGUCCAAGUUGGACACAACGAGCUCACUCGAUUUGAAUGAAAGCGAUAGUGACGACGAAUUGGAUGAAGAUGAAAAGAAGAAGCACGCUGUGCAGCUCAAGUUCUACUAUGCUGGUGGCUCGUGUCGGUUCUUGUUUCAGUACACUACCAACGAAGUGAAGAGAAUGCUGGAGAAGGGGCGGAAUCCGCUAAUGGACCUAGUUAAACACUGUGAUGGCACUAAGCACAAUGGAAUGAUAGACCACUUCUAUGGAAUGCAGUCAGACCGGCAUAAACGAUUUCCCGUGACGACUUCUCUGUUUGCGGCCGAUUGUGUAGCGGAAGUCAUCCAGGAGUUGAUGAAGCGUAUCAAGUAACCCUCAGUGGCUACCCUCAAGUGCGACUGCGCAACGUGUGGUAUGGACAAUUUGAUGACUCAAAUUUCUUUUUUUAACGGGUUUUGAAUUCGGUGGCGAUCAAUGAGGAUCAGCGCUUUGAAGAGGAUUGACGGGAAACGCGAAAGCCAAGCUCGUGCUAUUUAGUGCUGUUCGAUGCAGCUCUAUCUAGCUAUCUUCGAUUAAGUUAAGUGCAUACAGCAAUUUUUUUUCUUCAAACUGAUCUAAAUGAAGGGAA